ACCAAGCAAACAAAACAGCACGCACAUGGAGCUGGUAGCAGCAGGUAACCUGGCAUGCGGCGGCGCCAUGGCCGUGCUCGCCGUCCUGCUCUGCUCCUUCAUCUACGCUGCAUGGCUCUCCCCUGCCGCGACCAGGCGCCGCCUCCGCAGUGCCGGCUUUGACGGGCCCAGACCGUCCUUUCCCUUGGGCAACCUGGUCGAGAUCACGGCAACUAAGAACAGAACCGCGGCGGCGCCGGGCCCGGGCGUGAGCAGUGACAUCCACGGCGGCGUGUUCCCGUACUUCGCGCGGUGGCGCGGGGCGUUCGGGAAGGUGUUCGUGUACUGGCUGGGCACGGAGCCCUUCCUGUACGUGGCCGACCCGGAGUUCCUCAAGUACGCCACCGCCGGCGCGCUCGGCAAGCACUGGGGCAAACCCGACGUGUUCCGCCGCGACCGCAUGCCAAUGUUCGGCAGGGGGCUCGUCAUGGCUGAGGGUGACGAGUGGGCCCGCCACCGCCACAUCAUCACGCCUGCUUUCUCCGCCACCAACCUCAACGACAUGAUCGGCCUCAUGGAGGAGACGACCGCAAAGAUGCUUGGGGAGUGGAGCGAGGCGGUGGCCUCAGGCCAGAGCGUGAUCGACGUGGAGAGCGGCGUCGUCAAGAACGCCGCCGAAAUCAUUGCCAAGGCGAGCUUCGGCAUCACCGAUGACGAGGGCGGCGCGCGGGUGUUCGAGAAGCUGCAGGCCAUGCAGGCGAUGCUGUUCCGGUCGAACCGCCUGGUCGGCGUGCCCCUAGCGCGGCUGCUGCACGUCCGCAAGACGUACGAGGCGUGGAAGCUCGGGCGGGAGAUCGACGCGCUGCUCCUGGAGAUCAUCGAGGCGCGCCGGCGCCGGCGCCACGGGAGCAGCAACAAGAACAACGGGAAGGACCUUCUGUCGCUGCUGCUGGCCGGGAACGAGGCGAGCGCGGGCGCGGAGAGGAAGCUGACGACGCGGGAGCUGGUGGACGAGUGCAAGACGUUCUUCUUCGGCGGGCACGAGACGACGGCGCUGGCGCUGUCGUGGACGCUGCUGAUGCUGGCGGCGCACCCGGAGUGGCAGGCGGCGCUGCGGGAGGAGGUCCGGGAGGUGGCCGGCGCGGAACUGAACGCGGGCGCGCUGGGCCGGCUGACGAAGAUGGGGUGGGUGAUGAACGAGGUGCUGCGGCUGUACCCGCCGUCGCCGAACGUGCAGCGGCAGGCGCUGCAGGACGUGGCGGCAGCGGAGGGGAAGGCGAUCCCGCGGGGCACCAACAUGUGGGUGGACGUGGUGGCGAUGCACCACGACGUGGCGCUGUGGGGCGAGGACGCGCACGAGUUCCGGCCGGAGCGGUUCGCGCGGGACCCGGUGCAGGGCGGGUGCCGGCACCGGAUGGGGUUCCUGCCGUUCGGGUUCGGGGCCCGGAUCUGCGUGGGGCGGAACCUGACGGCCAUGGAGUACCGCGUGGUGCUGGCCAUGCUGCUGCGCCGGUUCGAGCUGUCCGUGGCGCCCGAGUACCGUCACGCGCCCAGGAUCAUGCUCUCGCUCAGGCCCUCCAAUGGCAUCCAGCUCCGCCUCACGCCAGCAUCUGCGUGA